UUUUAUUUUGAAACUGUGGACCGGAUGUGGCUGGCUGGCCGCUGUGCUCUUCUUCGUCUUCUUCUUCUUCUUCUUCUCUGGAUCGUCGUUGUCUCUUGUCCGGGACAGACUGAAGCUCAGAGACAGAAUCAGAGUCUCUCGUCUCCGCUGCUCGUCUCACUUCACUUCACUCCCACUUCCCUCUCAACGAGCUCCGUCACAACCAAGUCAUGGAUCCCGCCAGUCAAGAUAUCAACCUGAACUCUCCCAACAAGGGCCUCAGUGUGGAUCACGCAGACAGUCAGUCAGACAUGGUGGUGGAGGGAGCGGUGGGAAAUUCAGUCAACCCUCUCCCACCCGGCCUGACGGAGGAAGAGGCGGAGGAGCUGCGCACUGAGCUCACCAAGGUGGAGGAGGAGAUCAACACUCUGCGUCAGGUUUUGUCCGCCAAAGAGAGACACGCCACAGAGCUGAAGAGGAAGCUCGGCCUCAGCCCGCUCAACGAACUCAAACAGAACCUCAGCAAGAGCUGGCAGGACGUACAGACCUCCAACGCAUAUCUGUCCGCCUCAGCCACUUUGGAUGACAUUACCCACUCUGAAGCGUGA